CAAUUAUGACGUCAUAAUACUGAAGUCAGAAAAACGCGAUAUUUUCCCUCAUUCAUUUGCGAUACUUUGGCCAUUGCUAACAGUUAACUUCUUGUAGGUUACUAUUACAAUCCAUUGAUUUGCGUUAAUAUAUUUGCUAAUAGCUUGUUUGUUUUAAUCGAUAUAACCAAAUGUCCGACGUUCUACACCGCCCGGGCUUCCGCACACGACUUCGUAAAGGAGCUCGAAACUUUUUCUCAAGAUUAAUACCCUGCGUACGACGACCGAAACUUGAAGACCCUUUGGAAGAUGACACAGAUUUUUCUUCACCGUUAUCAUCAGACAUCUCCUUGAUGACAACUACAGAAGAAGAUUUCCCGAGAAAUCUCAAUCAAUCUGCGAUAGCUUGUAGAGAGGAUUCCCCACCUCGUGACUUUGACCAAUGUGAACGAACUUCCUCUGAAGGUAAAUAUCAAAAAUACAUGGCCUUCUUAAAUAUCUGUGGACAUAUUAUUAUACUGUGCUAUGUAGUGCUUUUGUAG